AUGACAGAUGAUGGCAACCCGGUCGAAUUGAGCUGGGACUGGGGCACCGGCGAAAAACCUCCAGUAAGACGAUACUCCAUCGAGUCCAUUGGGCUGCAAGCGGGCACUGCGCUUGAUCCAAGCAACUCCCUGGCCGGCCUUGCAUUUCACCAGAAGCUAGUCAAGCGACUACCGGAGGCGAGGCUAGAGUGGCACAGUCACUUUGCUGAUUCCUUCAUCAAUAGCCCUACCAUACAUUCCAGUGAUAUCAUUGAUCUGACCGACCACAAUACCAACAUCUUCUAUGCAUUUGAUCUCUCACCAUUGGAGAUCACAGCGAAAUCCUACUUUUUCCCCAAGACCAGAGCAAGACUUGAACAUCGCUCAAACCUGGACAUCCUCUCCGAAGCCAUACAUACUGCACCUUUCGUCACAAGAGACAAUGUGAAGGCUUGGUCUACCUUUUGUGACUUCGCAUCCGAACCAGCGAACGAAACUCUGGAACAUGAGAUGCUUGCCAUCGACCUCAUCGAACCCCUGGAGUCCCGGCUGAAAAUUUAUUUCCGCUGCCGUGAAACAACUUUCGAUUCUGUCAUCAGCGUCAUGACUCUGGGCGGUCGUAUAGCCAAUUCGAGCCUGCUUCGCGGGCUGAGAGAUCUCGCGCGAAUCUGGGACCUUUUGUUUGACAGCCUUGUUCCGCUGAGCCAGCCACUGAAACAUUCCGGCCAUCGGACCGCCGGAAUUCUGUACAAUAUGGAGUUUCGUAUUGGAGAUACCAUGCCGGUGGCGAAGGUGUAUCUACCUGUCCGACACUACUCGCGAACAGACGAUAGUAUCAUUCAAGGCUUGGAGAAGUACUUCCAAUAUCAUGGGAGAGGCGAAGCAAUGAAAGACUACGUGAAGACUAUGCAUACGCUAUUGAUGCUCAAUUCGACCGAACGGACAAUUGCGGGUCGUAUCCUACUUCAAAUCAGAUAA